AUGGGCUACGACCAGGAUAAUCUGCGCCAUGUGGUCAUUACUGCUACCUGCUUUGCUUUUACUCUCUCCACUGUUGCCGUUGGGCUGCGUCUAUGGGUGAGAGGGAUUACGAAGACUAAGUUCUUCCUGGACGAUUACUUGAUUCUGGGGGCUUUGUUCUUCCUUUACGGGAUCUCUAUUGCUGGUAUCGUCCUCUUAUACAAUGGCCUUGGAACUCAUAUCAUCGACGUCCCCCCAGAGAAUCUGGUCGUAUACCUAAAGUAUGGCAGACCCUGUCAUCCGGCGCCUUCCUCUAUCCCCUAUGCAUCGCCUGCAUCAAGCUUUCCAUGCUCGCUUUAUACAAACGCAAUCUUCUCCUGCGGGCCCAUGGUCCUUGCCUCAAAUAUUGUCGCCUGCGUCGUGGUCCUCUGGUGUUUCGGAGUGUGUCUCAUCGGCGCCGUGAUCUGUAUUCCCUUCUGGAAGUUGUGGGAACCAAUGACACCCGGGGGAUGCAUUGAUCUGGCCAAGUUCUACUAUGGGCUCCUGAUACCCAAUAUCGUCACCGACGCGGUCAUCAUCAUCAUGCCGAUGAAAGCGGUGGCGGAUUUGCACAUUUCCAAGACCCAGAAGAUUUUGCUUUCUGGUAUCUUUGCUUUGGGUUUCUUGACCUUGGUAUUUGAUAUUGUCCGGUUGAUCACGCUGAUUGAGCUUUCCAAGGCUGGGGAUGAUAUUACUUAUAAUCAAGUCCAGUCUAGUGUGUGGACGUGCAUCGAACCAGCCGUCGGUAUUGUGGCUGCUUGUCUGAUCAACAUGCGGCCGAUUUUCACACAGUACAUGGUCAAAUUCAACUGGUGGACUCGGUGGCGGUCAUCUAAGGGAUCCUCGAAAGAUGCCUUGAAUAAAAGUAACUCUUCAUGA